GUCUCUACUCUCUGAGCACAUCAGAAAAUGGCGCACCCAAUAUCGGAGGCCAACGAUACCAGCCCCUUCGGCUCACUGAGUCCAUCCGAGUUCCACGCCCGCCACUCGGUGACUCACUCCUCCGAGUACAUCACCAACUCCAGGGGCAUGAAGCUCUUCACCCAGUCCUGGGCCCCGCUCCCCCCGGCCGAGACCACCGCCACCGUCGCCGUCGUCCACGGCUUCACCGGCCAGACCAGCUGGAUGCUCAACCUCACCGCCAUCCUCUUCGCCAAGUCGGGUUUCGCCACGUGCGCCAUCGACCACCAGGGCCACGGCCUCUCCGACGGCCUCUCCAACCACAUCCCCGACAUCGGCCCCGUCGUCGACGACUGCGUCUCCUUCUUCGACUCCUUCCGCGCCCGCUACCCGCCGUCGCUUCCCUCGUUCCUCUACGGGGAGUCGCUCGGCGGUGCGAUCGUUUUGCUGAUCGCGCUCCGUCGCGGCCGGGCUUACGAGGGGCUCGUGCUUAACGGCGCGAUGUGUGGGAUCAGCGACAAGUUCAAGCCGCCGUGGCCGUUGGAGCACUUCUUGUCGGCUAUUGCGGCGGUGGUGCCGACGUGGCAGGUGGUCCCCACACGCGGGUCAAUUCCUGACGUGUCGUUCAAGGUGGAGUGGAAGCGGAGGCUGGCCAUGGUCACGCCGCGGCGAAACAACUCGUGGCCGCGAGCCGCCACGGCGCGCGAGCUCGUCAGGGUGUGCAGAGAGGUGCAAUCGAAAUUCGCCAAAGUGGACAUGCCCUUUCUGAUCAUUCACGGCGGCGGCGACGUCAUCUGUGACCCGGCGUGCGCGGAGGAGUUGUACGAGAAAGCGGCAAGCAAGGAUAAGACUAUCCGUAUUUACCCAGGGAUGUGGCACCAAUUGAUCGGUGAGCCGGAUGAGAGUGUUGAUUUGGUGUUUGGAGAGGUGGUUGAGUGGCUGAGGACUAGGGCUGAACGCGCCGCCGAAAGAGGCGACGGGAAGGCCGAAGGAUGAAGCAACCGCCGGAGUGUAGUUGGCCUAGGUGGUUUGGUUUCAUACAUAAUAAAUGUUUUCCAGAAUUUGAACUGUGAUUGAGUAUUUUAUUUAAGAUUGGUUAUUAUU